UACAAAGGGCGGGCGAGUGCGCAUGCGUUGGCUGGUCUUUGCGGGAGCCGGGCUGAGGGAAGCGGGAUGUCGCGGUACAGAAAUCUGUUCAAGCCUGGUGCUGCCCCGUGGAAAGAGACCUACAGGAGGAGGUGUGUUGCAAGACUGAAGAGCAGCCGAGCAAAGCUGUUGGAAAGGUACAGGCACAUGGGAAAUAAUUCGGGUUGUAACUUACAGGAGACCUUCCUUGUGCGGGAAGUGAUGGAAGAAGAAUGGAUAGCCCUGAAGGCACUGGACACACAUCUACCAUCACUGUGGAAGAAGGGGAGUUUGUCAGAGGUGCUGAAUACACUGGAAAAUAUAAGUGAAUUGGCAGAGCUUGAAGAAAUUGAACAGGAACUCCUCAGUGAAGAACAAGCCAUCAUAGAGGAGUAUGAGGCCAGUUUGCGUUUCGAUGAUGCAUGCUUGAAUGCUAUUAUUGAAGGACUUAAUGAUACUGACAAACUCGUGUGCCCUCUUUGUAACAAAAAUUACCUGAGUGUUAGUAGUGAUGUUAUAACUUGCUCAUGUGGAAUGUGCAUUAAUACACAGGGGAUGACGGUGCAGCAAUUUCGAGCCCUUCUUGAAUACAAUGUCACAGAACAUAGCAGCGUAUGUGAAUGUUGUCCAGUCUUCUCUGUGGUGUAUGGUACAGAAACAGAAGCUAUGCUUCUAAUGAGCUGUCAGGCUUGUGAUUACCUGUCUGUCAUCCUAUAGUCCCAUAAGUCUUCUGAGAUCCUGUCAGAAAAAUAGCGAUGAACAAAUAUCUCUUCAAUGAGAAAUCUAUACUUUGCCACACUACACUGUAUGUUCUGCUUUCUACCUUUAAUAAAGAUAUUUUUAUUGUGUA